AUGCAGCCUGAUAAUGGCGAAAUUAUAUAUUUGGAAAACUCGACCACAAACUUUAGUUCUUUCUCUCCACAACAAAUCGUGAUGCCACCUUUUGUUGGGCAAGUCUUCGAAACGUGGGAUGAUGUAGAUAAAUAUUUUAAUGAUUACGCCUGGCAAAAAAAUUUUGUAGUUAUUAAAAUUAGAAAUGAUCGGGACCCCCCACCAGAGCAGACUUGUAGGCGACGUAUUUUCGCAUGUGAUCAUCAGGGCACUUAUGGGCCUAAGAAGUCUGUAAUCCUAAAAAAUCAACGAAAUAGUAGAUCGAAACGGUCUGGCUGUCCUUGGCACAUUAAUGUAACCUUUCCAAAGAAAGCUGCAAUUAUUAGUGUGAAAUCAUUAAAUCUUGAUCACAAUCACCCACUCAAUCCUACGACUAAUUUAUAUGCCGCAAAAAAUCGAACCUUACCUGAAGCCAUUUUGAGUGGCGCUUCUGCCGAAUGUUUUCCUGAAAUUGAUCGUAUUCUCAAAGAAUAUCUUACUGAAGAAAUGCUUUCCUGGCAAAGACAUGAAGUUAUACAAUCACUCUAUUAUUAUAUAAUAAUGGAAAACAAUAAAUUACCUAAUGACAAACUUAUUGAGGAAGGGUAUGAUACACAACAAAUUCACCUAAGCUCUCUUCUGGAGGACCUCCCUCAAAAUGACAUUAUCAAGAUACAUAAA